GCAGCUCCAGUCUUCCCGGGUCUCCACGCAACAAUGAAGCGUGGGCGGCCCCAGCGGCCUCAUUUGCAUACCGCCGCGGCUUGGCCAAUGGGCUGCGCAGGGGCUUUGGAACGCAGUGUUGCCACCAGCGUGUGCGCGUGUGUGCGAGUGUGACAGCGGCUGUGGCUGUGGCCGUGGCCGUGGGAGGCUGGCCCGGGGAGCCCAGCCGCGCGGGGACUGGCCCCGGCGCCCGCUUCCCCAGCGUGUCGCGGCCGCGUGGCCCGGCAGAGCCCAGAGACCAUCCAGCCCCGGCCGGGCGCCGUCGAGAUGUCGGUGGCGGGGCUGAAGAAGCAGUUCCACAAAGCCAGCCAGCUGUUUAGUGAAAAAAUAAGUGGCGUUGAAGGAACGAAACUAGAUGAUGAAUUUCUUGACAUGGAAAGGAAAAUAGACGUUACCAAUAAAGCUGUUGCAGAAAUUCUUUCAAAAGCUACAGAAUAUCUUCAGCCGAAUCCAGCAUACAGAGCUAAGCUAGGAAUGCUGAACACUGUGUCGAAGAUCCGAGGACAGGUGAAAACCACGGGGUACCCACAGACGGAAGGCUUGCUAGGCGACUGCAUGCUGAAAUACGGGAAGGAGCUCGGGGAAGGCUCCACUUUUGGCAAUGCAUUGAUAGAAGUUGGCGAAUCCAUGAAGCUAAUGGCUGAGGUGAAAGACUCUCUUGAUAUUAAUGUAAAGCAAACUUUUAUUGAUCCACUUCAGUUACUACAAGACAAAGAUUUAAAAGAGAUUGGGCACCACCUGAAAAAGCUGGAAGGCCGCCGCCUGGAUUACGAUUAUAAAAAGAAGCGAGUAGGUAAGAUACCAGAUGAAGAAGUCAGACAAGCAGUAGAAAAAUUUGAAGAGUCAAAGGAGUUGGCUGAAAGAAGCAUGUUUAAUUUUUUAGAAAAUGAUGUAGAACAAGUCAGCCAGUUGGCCGUGUUUAUAGAUGCAGCUUUAGACUAUCACAAACAGUCCACAGAGAUUCUGCAGGAGCUACAGAGCAAGCUACAGAUGCGAAUAUCGGCUGCAUCCAACGUCCCCAAACGAGAAUACAAGCCACGGCCCAUGAAAAGGAGUCCUAGUGAGCUCAAUGGGGUAUCCACGACCUCUUCAGCAAAGACAACAGCCUACAGCAGACUGGAAGCAGCAGAUUAGAAAGGCCUUGGGGACUGCUUUCGGAAGGCCCACUGUCGGCAGGAAAAAGUGACAGGUCGCAGCCUGACUACAAGGGAGGCAAGAGAAAAACUAUAAAAAGCAGGAACAAAAACUCAAAAGGCACAGCCGUCUGGGGCAUUUACUAAAAGACAAAGAGCCCUCCUCAGGUCAGUAGCUUCCGUAGACUCCAUACCUUGUACCCUGAUAGGCACUCAUGUGGACAGCAGUUGUGUGAAUUUUCCUUCUCUCUCCAGCCCCUUCCCCACCCCAACCCAAAAAUUAGGAGUGGGGGUUGUAGCUUGCCUUUCAGUUGGGAUGCUCCAACCAAAUGCUUCCAGGUAACGAAAUCCACAAAGCCAGGGCCAGCAGAGAAGAGGGUACAGUGGGCUCCUUUGGUGAUCUGGAAAUUAGCCAAGUUCAAGUACAGCAAAAGAGCUGUGAUUUUUAGUGCUGCGGAGAGAAGAAUGUCCCCUGCCCCACUGACCACUCCUACCUCCACCUUUAUCUCCUUCAAAGUCAGGAUGAGAAACACAGCCUUGGAGAACAGGCUCCCAGGUCCUGGCACAUGGCAGAGAGAGAGAGAGGGAGGGAGCACAGGAGCCGGCUGGGCUGCAGAAACGCCAGCCUUAUCUGAUGCCACUUCCACUCUAGUGUCUGGUGCACCACCUGGAGUAGACACCUGUUUUUGUUUGGUUAUUAUUAUUAUUUUUUGAUUGAAGCCUGAGUUGCUCACUUUGAAGCAGCACAGAGAAUAAGUACCUGAAGGACAUCCCUCAAGUGAUGGGCAGGGCGAGCUGGGAUGUGGGCAGGCCUUCCAGGAUCAGAGAAGGAUUUAGGUGGAGGAUGCUCCUAAAGAGCAUUCCUCACACAUCCCCCCAAACGUUGUCUUUAUUUAUAGACUAUAUGGAUCUAAUACUGAACUAUAUUGUUAUAUACAUCAAAAAGACACACACACACACAAAAUUAAACAAGAUGAAGAACUUAGUCACACUCCACACAGAUACAACGUUGAGUGAAACAAACGAGACACCAGAGUGCAUACUGUAUGAUUCCAUUAACGUUAAACUCAAAAAACAGACAUAACUAAUGUAUAGCAUUAGGAGUCAGGCUAGUGAUUACCUUUGGGGGAGUACUGAGCUCUAAGAUGGAAAGAACAUCUUUCUUAAAGAGGAAAGAACAUGACUGAGCUCUAAGAUGCUACUAAAGUUUUAUUUCUUGAUCUUGAUGCUAGCUGCACAGAUGUUUCAGUUUGUGAAAAUUCAUUAAACUCUACACUUAUGAUAUGUGCACUUAUCUGUAUACAUUAUACCUCAUUAAAAAAGAUUUUAAACAAUAUUUUUCUCAAAAGAAAUAAUAAAUAAAGAGCAUCCCAAGGCAUGGGAACUCCUGGAGCCUGCCCAGCUGAGGACCCACAGGCUCUUUCUAACCUAGGUGAUGGACCAUCCCCUUGGCUGGGGUUGGCUCAGAAGCUGAGUGGGUGUAAACUCACCAGCCAACAAUUUUCAGAGUGGCUGCAUGAAGUGGCGAUCAAGAACACGGACUCUGGACCUAGAUGGAGGUCAGAUAUCAGCCCUGCUGCUUAAUUGCUUUGAACCUAGGUUUCCCCAUCCAUCAAAUUGGGGGAAAUAAUGGUACCUCAUCAAAGGGUUUCUCUGAGAAUUAAAUCUGCUAACAGGCACUUAGAAUAUUGUCCUGGCACUUGGUGUUCACUGAAAAAUGGAGGGUUAGUAUUUCAUCCCCAUAGCUGACUGGGACUGCAGAAUUAAUUCACUGUGGGGCUAUCGCUACCAGAAUAAAGUGUGCCCAGCAAUUCCGUACACGUGAGUAGCCCUUGGCAGCAGGGACUUUGGGAAACAAAAGGCGGGGUUGGGGGAAGGGCAUCCAAAGAAUUUUCCUGCUGUUAAAACAAGAGGGGGCCCAUUAUUAUUAAAAACCGGUCCACAUUAUUGCCAAGAGGGAAGUGAAAUUUCCUGACCUAUUGUGUGUUGCCGAUGUAGUACUGACUGACCGGCCACCUUACCGUUCUUGUGGUAGGGUCUCUCUUUUUUUUUUCUUCCCCAAAUGGGGUGGAACAGAGCUUGAAUAAUAAAUAUUUAACAGGGACACUCCCUUUUCGCUGUUAAAAUAAUCUUUGUUUUAGUGCCUUAACAAGGAAGACUGGGUUGGGGUUUCGGCUGCCAGAAGCUCACGUGCACAAAUUCUCAGCAGUUUCAGGUGCCAACUACCAAGCACGAGAAAGCAUAGAGAUGGAGGUGGUGGAGCAAGACCCCAGGGGAAAGGGGAGUGGGUGUUCAACAAAGAUGGGGUGCUGGGUAGGACCCCUCCUUUAUUACGGGAAGAUCUGGGCACUCAGGCACCUCGCCCACGUUUGUGCCUAGUCCAGUUUGAAAAGGUCUCACUGAGGACAUGUCACCUUUUCUGCCUGCACUUUUGGGUUCCAUCCGUGGUGACACUGACUUGUCUUUUGUGGAGAGGGAAAAUUCACACACCAUCACGCAAAUGGGCACAAACUUUAUUUCUUUUUAACUGAACUUGCUUACGAGCCUCCAUUUAGACUGAUAGCGGAAACAACUUAAUCUUUUUUCCAUUUCUACUGUUGGCCAAAAAAAAAAAAUUUAAUCUUUUUUCCAUUUCUUCUAAUGGUGGAAAAAAACGUAAUCUUGCCAUUUCAAGGUAAUGCAGUCUCUUCCAAUAGAAAGUGCAGACUAUCCAUUUAUUGCUUUGUCAAUUCAGGAUUUAAACCUAGUCAUUCGGUUGAAAUUUCCUGCAAGGACUAUUGGUUUUCCUCCAAGGUUCUCUCCUACCUCCUUCUGUACCCCGAGAGGUUGCCUGGGUGCAGGGGGAGUUUAGGGAACAUCACAGUGGCAGGUGGGGAAGCGUGUCGGGGGUCUUAACUGCUUCCACAGCUGAGAUAACUUGUCACUCCAGGUCCAGGCCUGGGUCCGGGGCCUGACUCUCUGCCUCUGGGUUGCUGGAUCUCUGCAUUCAGAGCCUGUGUACCCACCACCAGGCCAUCUCUGGUCCAGCUGCCCCUGCAGCACUUCCUCACUUCCUGCCGGGACUUGACACGUGUUCACAGUUCGUGGGGAGCCAAGGGUGGCCCCCUCAGACGCCGUCUCUGUUUAAUGAUACCACCCACCAUUUCCACUGUGCUCAGUGCCCCCAAGUCUAGAGCACUUUGGGGGCCUGCCUUCCCCCACAGUUCCAGUGGGAAGUGGGGCUAAGACCCCCCACCCAGGGUGGAAUCCAGGGAGCAGUUCAGCCUUCUUCCCUGCCCUCUUCUCUCACCAGGCCUCCUCCCUGACUCCAGAAAGAGCUCCUAUCUCUUCUCUGGGUGGCAGGAAACAGCCCUUCCCUCCCCACAGCUUGUAAUACAAACCUCUAUGCUCUGGAGUUCUUCAAGCUCUGCUUCCUUGGAAGCAGAAGUCUCUCCGCCCCAGAAGUCUCCCCCCCCCCCCCACCCCACCCCUCUGUCCCACUUCUCAAAUCUCAUAAAAGCCUACCUGGCUCUGGCAUGAAAGCCUGAAAGCCUUGGCGUUCAGACCAUUUCACAACUGAAAUGGCAUUAUUUUGGAAUUUACCAGCUAAACAUUGAUUGCUCGCGUGCAGGUUCCACCUUCUCCCUAAAGUAAGGGCAGCCAUGGCUACUUGGGUUGAGGGGCCCAGACGGCCAAAACGACCCAGCGUGACAAAUGCAUUGGACGAUAUUGGAGGAUAUUGUCCUGCUGAGGGUGUAGUUCAGGACAGCCAGACCAAGCUCUGCUGGGUGUGGAUCUGCCGGGUGCCCGCACCGUUGAGACCUGUGUUCAGUGGGUGGAGGGGACGCAGCGCAGAGAUGGGGGAGAGCCCGGUGCUCGUGUCUUAUUACCUGAGUCAGGGAACACUUGCCCGGGGGCUUUCCACUCAGGGGUCUCGGGAGAGAUGCCAGGUUUGGGGUUCAUUUGCUGAUGGAGUGUGAUGUGAGUGCUUGGUCACUUGGAGCUCUUAGGAAAUCAAAGUGGGCGGUGUGGCAAUGGUCCCUCGCCUGGAAUAAAUGAAGUGAGAAGUGAGUGAUGUGUCUUACCCCCGAUCUGUUCAGUGCAUGUGUGCAGGGGGUGCACACGUAUGCACACAUAGGUGGUGGUUGGGAUAAGUGCAUGCCUGCCAUUUAGUAUUUAUUUUAGUCAUUGUAGGUAGCUUACAAAGUAAAUGGGAGGGGGAAAAAAUAUAUAUAUACACACACACACACAAUUAGCCCUGUAAGUCAGUGUGAUAGCCUGUGAAAUUUCUUGGCAACCCUUAGCAGUGGCAUAGAUCACAUAGGAGGUGACAUCAGGUGGGUAGGUCAUGGGUUGGGGUCUGGAGCCCUGGUAUCUCUUUCUGCCUUUGCCAUUAGCUCUGAGGCCAGGCUGCUGUGACCUCGUCUUCAAAAAGAGGAGGGUUCACUGAAGACCACCAGAGACCCUUCUAGCACUGUUAUUUUGUGUUCAAGGAAAUGCUUCCCAAGACCACUAUGUGCUUUGGCACCUGACUCCGUCUCUGUUAAAAACUGACAGUGGGAGAAAUGAUAAAAGAAUACUAAUCAUUUUAAUAGACCACAUGGAAACAGUUAUUCAUUAAUAAAAUUGACUUUGACUCAGAGGCUUGAAUUGCUGUAGGGUUUCAGUGCCCAGCUCCCAGCCCCCCUGCCCACCCAGAUAGGAGCUGUAUUUCCAAAGGAAAAUGGAAAGUUCUGCUUGGAAACGCACAAAUCCCCAAUGUUUUGAAAUCACUGAAGGUUAUUCUGUUCAUAUUCAAGAUCAUGAACUGGGCCCCCUAUUUAAAUCCUUCUACUUCCCAAUUACCAUCAUUAUGACAAGAGGAAUAUACAGACUUGGGGUGGGAUGGGGGCGUCUGUCAUGGAAGGAGCCAUCUACAUGCUAGAAACAUCAGGUAGAUUCUAGAGAUAAUAGUGAAGGGGGCCCAGAUUUUAAAAUGCUGGCCUACCUGGAAGCACCACCUGGGAAGGAGCUUCCCACCUGCAGGGGAAGA